AUGCCUACUCAUCCUCCUUCAUGCUCGUCGUGCUCGGAUGAUGCGUCCGCGUCAUCGGACAGAGCACACGCCAGCGAUUGUGCCUCUCUUGAUUCUCGUGACGAGAUCCAGAAAGUCCCGAAUCAUUCGAUGUCCCGACUGCUUUUCGUACACAUCGGGGCCGCGAUGACACUGUUUCUCGCCACAACAGAUUCUACUAUUGUAUCAACCUCUCUGCCGACAAUCGUUAGCGAACUCGGGGCCUCCCAGAGUCAAUAUACCUGGGUCGGGGUUGCAUAUAUGCUGACCCAGACGGCCGGGCAACCCCUGUAUGGAAGACUAUCCGAUUUGGUAGGACGGAAGAACGUUUUAUAUGUCAGCAUGAUGAUUUUCGCCCUCGGAUCCUUGCUGUGCGGGGCCGCAAAGAGCAUCAUAUUACUGAUAGUCUUCCGUGGAUUGGCUGGUCUCGGUGGCGGUGGUAUUGUCAGUUCCGUUUGGGUUAUCACAUCAGAAAUCGUCGAACCACAACACAGAGCAAAGUGGUCUCAGGCUCUUAGUAUCACUUGGAGCUGUUCUGCGAUCGCGGGCCCAAUACUCGGAGGCUUAUUCAGCAGUAAGUGCUAUGGGCUUGUAUGUCAUUUGCCUCCUUUCUGUGCUCCAAUCUCAAAUUGCGGGUCACUAGUUUACAUGAAUUUGCCUGUAUGCCUUUUCGCAUUCUUGUUGCUGUCAUUGUCAUUGCGGAAUGUUACGCUCGGACAAGCUAAGCACGCGUCCUGGAAAAACUUCACCGAGAAGUUUGAUUUUAUCGGACUUCUUCUUUUCAUGCUGGGUACCUGCUGUUUGGUCAUUGGUUUCAGUUUUGCUAUGAGUAAUGGAUGGACAUCGCCCUCAACGCUCUUGCUAGUUACUCUAGGCCCUGUGAUACUAGCCUGUGGUGGGUUUUAUGAAGUGCACACCACACGCGAGGCAUUGUUCCCGCCUGCCGUAUUCAAAAGUCUCACUGUUGUGAUCAUUCUAACUGUCACAUUCCUUCACAACUUCGCAUUCACUUCAGGCACAUUUUACCUUGCACUCUACUUCCAAGCUGUGAAUGGCAUGACCCCACUGCAAGCAGGUGUGCAGAUGCUGCCAUAUUCACUCGGGUCAUCAUUGGCUUCGAUGCCAGCUGCCUGGUUUAUUGGAUUCUGCCAGAGGCAUAAAAAUGACACCAGCGGACAAAAAUGGACGAUUGUCAGUGGAUUACUCAUCUCCACAUUGGGUUUCAGUCUCUUGAUAACACUCAAGGAUGCCUCCUCGCACUUCGCGCAAAUUUCUUUCCCCCUUAUCGCCGGUAUUGGAAUCGGGUUCCUUUUCCACGCACCUUAUCAGGUCUUUGUGAAGGCAUUGCAUCCUUCGGAACUCGCUACAGGGACUAGCGCGUUCUUUCUGGUAAGAUUUACAGGAGCUACUAUUGGCCUAGCGGUUGCUGGGAUGGUCUUUGAUAGACGAUUAUCUCACGCAUUACCUGUUGGUUACCAAAUCCAGGGAUCAUCUUCCAUUAAUUGGAGAUUACUGAGUCUCAUUGAGCCGCUCUCAUUGAGAAAUGAGGUCCUGGGUGCUGUGACUCUGGCCAUUCAGAACAUCUGGAUCGUUUCUGCCCCUCUGCUAGGCCUGGCCAUGGUGGUAUGUGAUUUCCUACAAGUGAUGCUAUGA